AUGGGCCCUGAGCGUGUCACGAGUACAGUCUUGUCAACCUCAACCGUCGCUAUUCCAGCUAAUCACGAUUGGUCUUCAAUCGUCGUCCACCGAACCUUCUUAGCAGCUUGGACCAAUUUAAGUGCUCCUGGUCGCAAGAUCAAAGAUCAAUGCCCAGAAGCUACUGUCAUCCCGGCAUCCGUUUCCGGAGCGACCCCAUCCCCAAAGGCUUGGACCGCCACUGCUCCGUCGAUGAGCCAUCAGCUCUGCAGGCUCCAGAUUCCAAGAAAGCAUUCCGAUUUGAGGAGUUCCAAAGGAUCUGGAAAAGAAGAUCGAGAUCUGGAUGUGGAUGGAGUGUGGAGAAUAGAUAAUUAA